AUGAGCGUCGUUGAUGCGAUUGAACAGCCUUUAGCUCAACCAUUUACAUCUAUUUUGCAGCAAAUCAAUAUAAACUCCAUAGACAGUGUGUCUAGACUAAAUAAUUCCGAUGUAUCUAAAACUGUUCCUGACCACCUUGAUAGAAUAACCCAAGUCGAUGCUCACAAUCAGUCUUUGACACAGUUGCCAAAAAAUGAAUCAGGGAGGUUGCAUCCAAUGAUACGUUCAGCAGUAGAUUUUCCCCCCAAAGAUGAUAUUUUGCUUACAGUAAACUUGAAAGAAGAGAAAAAUAAUGAUAGAGCCACGGGUAUGUGGGAAUCUAUAUUUGAUGCCCAAACUACCUUUAAACAUAACAAGGGAGAAUUGGAGUACACCGGUUACAGCCUUUCUUUACAACCAUCUGCAGCUAAUUCUCAAUGCUAUACUCAACCUGCUACAAUACCAAAUAUUUUACCAUCCUCAAAAUCGUGUAGCCAAAUCGUGAAUUCAGGCAAUCGGGUUGUUUUUGAUAGGAAGGAAAGACACCAGCACAGUGUUUUUGUAAACAUAGGUUUGCAACAAAAUGAAAAACCAAAGAACAUCUCUAAAAACAAAGAAUAUGAUGUGCAUAACCACUUGCCCAGGUUGCUACUAAGUACCGAGAAUAUACAGGGCCAGGCCUCUUAUUGGACGCAGGAACGUCUUUUUUAUGCUGGAUUUGCUUGCCCUUUACUUUGGAUCUACGGUAGCUUCAAAAAGAAUGAAACUGACUCCAUGUGGCAAAAGCGAUGCCGAUAUGCUACACUCUACUUUUCAAUAGUGCUAUCUAUAGUUAUUAUAGUAAUAGUGGUAAGAGUAAAUGGCACUGUAGGAACACGACAAGUACAGUCUGACACAAUACGGGCUGUCAUCAAUGAAUAA